GGAGAGAGCGUCGACAGAGGGCGGCCCAGGGGAAAGCCGACGACCGACCUCCUACCCGCGCAGCUUUGCAAUCCUCGCCGCCAUAGCUACUUUUGCGGGGAGGACGACGAGAGCGCGCAGCCCGGCAUAGAGACGAGAGAGAGCUCCUAAGCGAGGCCGGCCUGGUAGUUCCUACAAGCCGCCACCUCCUUCCUUUCCCCUCCUGUGCCACGUUAGUCCAGUCGCAAUGGAAGACCAGCAGACUAAGAUCUAUGUGCCCGACCCGGAGGUGAGCUGGGUGGAGGCGACCAUCACCAAGGGCCAUGUUGUCAGCGAUACCACCGUCGAGGUGAUGAUCGAGGGCGACUCGACCGAGGAGAACGCCGCCAAGCAGCCCGAUGCCGGUUCCAUCCGCAAAAUCGACAAAUCCACGAUGCUGCUGCAGAACGCGCUCACGUCCGAGGACGGCUGCGCUGACAUGGUGAGCCUCAAUUACCUGCACGAGCCGGCCAUCCUGUUCAACCUGAAGCACCGAUUCCUGCGACAAAUCCCUUACACAUACACUGGCGCUAUUUGCAUCGCCGUCAACCCAUAUUCAUGGCUCGAUAUCUACACCAAGGAGCUCCAGGAUCAAUACAUGGAGCGCGACCGCAGUGAAUUGCCUCCCCACGUGUACGCCACGAGUGCUGGCGCUUUCCAGCACAUGCGUGUCUUCGGAGAAGACCAGAGUAUCCUGGUUAGUGGCGAAUCUGGAGCUGGUAAGACGGAAACGACCAAGAUUUUGAUGUCUCACUUGGCGUCGGCUGGCAGUCAGUCUACGACAGAUGCUGAGGCCAAGGAGGCAAAUAUCAUCGAACGUGUGUUGGACGCCAACCCUCUGAUGGAAUCCUUCGGUAAUGCCAAGACCUCGCGUAACGACAACUCGAGUCGAUUCGGUAAAUUUUCCGAGUUGCAAUUCGACGCUCUGGGGCAGCUGAUUGGUGCUCGCUCCCGCACUUACUUGUUGGAGAAGUCGCGUGUGUCGCUGCAAGGUCUGGGCGAACGCAACUACCACAUUUUCUACCAAUUACUGGCUGCUCCUGAAGAUGUAACAACUGAGGUGAAAGUUACGGGCAUGCAAGCCAAGGAUUUCCCGUUUAUCAAGCCGCAUGACGAAGAUCUAGCCAACGGCAUUGACGUCAGCGCUGGUUUGAAGGAUGCCGAGCGAUUCCAACAGACUGUGUCAUGUCUGGAGACGAUGGGCGUGUCUAAGGAGGACCAGAUGAGCAUUUUCAAGGUCGUGGCGGCUAUCCUGCACCUAUCGCGACUGCAAUUCGAGCCUACGCCUGGCAACGACGACGCAUCACAGCUUACGGGCACUCCUGAGAACCAAAAAGCGAGUGAACUGGUUUCACAGCUGCUGGAAUUCGACGACAACCAGCUGCACACUGCGCUGUGCACCCGUGAGAUGACGGCCGUGAUGGAGACGUACGAGGUGCCGCUGAACGUCUCGCAAGCCGAGGGAGCGCGUACGGCACUGGGUGUUGCGCUGUACUCGCACAUGUUCUCGUGGCUGAUCCACCGCGUCAACAUGUCGACGAGCGCCGCGCACGCUGAUGUGGCUCACAAGAUUUGCAUUUUGGAUAUUUUCGGCUUCGAAAUCUUCGAAAAGAAUUCUUUUGAGCAGUUGUGUAUCAACUACGCCAACGAAAAGCUGCAACAGAAGUUCACGCAGGAUGUUUUCAAGUCCAUCCAGCAAGAAUACGAGGACGAGGGCAUCCCCUGGACACGCAUCGAGUUCGCCGAUAACGUCAACGUCCUGUCGCUGCUUGAAGGUCGCUUCGGCGUCCUGUCGCUGCUGAAUGAAGAGUGUAUGCGCCCCAAGGGUAGCGACGCAGCGUUUGCCAACAAGCUAAAGGCUCACUACAGUGACAACGACCGCUUCGAGUGUCCUCGUUUCGCUCGUGACGCCUUCGUCAUCAAGCACUAUGCUGGUCCAGUGCAAUACGACACCACAGGCUUCCUGAUCAAGAACACUGAUGCGCUUCAGAACGAUCUGAUUCUUCUGAUUAAGAAGUCCAAGGCUCCGUUCCUCAAGAAGCUCUUCCCGGAUGAGCACGUGGGUGACGCCAUGACGGGUAUUCCCGGUACGAGCGCUGCGAGUCCUGCGCGUGGACGUCCUGGUCUGAGACGUAAGAGCUCGAUUGUUGCUGACACUGUGGGCACGCAGUUCAAGAGCCAACUGAACGGGCUGAUGGAGGACAUUCGACGCACCAACGUCCACUACAUUCGAUGCAUCAAGCCUAAUGGCAAGAAGAGUCCGCUGGUCUUCAACAAGCUUCGAGUAACCGAGCAGCUUCAGUGUGCUGGUGUGGUGGAGGCUGUGCGUAUCAGUCGUAUGGCGUAUCCCAACCGCGUGCUACAGACGAUGUUCCUCGAGCGAUUCCGUGGCGUGGCGUCUGCUACUACUGUGGAUGGCAAGCCUUCAGCGCUUGCGGUUCUUACAGCCACUGCGGACGAGAACCCGAGCGACGAUGAGAAGACUGCGGCUGCUGUUCGUGAGCUGCUGUUGAACCUGAUGCCUGGCAAGGACAGCGAGUACCAGAUCGGUAAGACGCGUGUGUUUUUCCGCCAAGGAGCCCUCGAAGCGCUCGAGGAGCUGCGUACGCGCAAGUUCAACGCCGCAGCUGUGGUUCUGCAGCGGUACGCCAAGAAGUGGAUGGCCAUGGCCAUGUUCCAGAAGGUCAAGGAGGCUGCCAUUGUGGCGCAGAAGGUGUAUCGUGGCCACCGUGCUAUGGUACAGUACAAGACGCAACGCAAGGCCGCUAUCAGCGUGCAGAAGUAUGUGCGUCGUCAUCGCGCACAGCAACUGCUGGUACGUAUGCGCGAAGAGUACCGUGCUACGCAGAUCCAGAACGUCUGCAAGAUGUUUGUGGCUCGUCGUAAGUAUCUGGUCAAGGUGAAGGCGAUCCGUACGAUGCAGAGCGUCGUGCGUAUGCACCUGGCCAUCAAGGCAUUCUCAGUUCUACAGAAACAGGCGAAGGAGGACGCCAAGCUAGAGAACCAGAUUCAAUUGCUCAAAAAGCGUCUGCAGCAGGAGCGUGAGGCGCGUAUUGAGCUCGAGCAACAGGCUCAACACGGCACUCGUGCUUCGGUUCACAUGCGUAGCGAGGAGGCGUUGGAGGAUGCUGACCUGGUGAUUGACCAGCUGCGACGUGAGAAUGCUGCACUUAAGGAGGCCAACACGAACCUCAAGGCGUUCGGCGUGCAGCUUCGUAAGGAGAAGGAGGUGAUGGAGCGUGGUGCGUACGUGAACGGAGCUUCGUUCGCUGCUGCCAACCAACGCGCCAUGAAGCUGCAAGAUGAGAACGAGGCGCUGAAGAGCGAGCUUGCACGUUACAAGACUGGGCACCGCAACUUGAAGGCACAGCACGCCGGAGUGAUGGAGAAGAUCACGCUGAUGCAGAGCUCGUUGAGCGAGGCGUUGAAUGAGCGUCAGGCUCUCCGUCACACAGUGGACCACUUGAAGCAGCACACCGAACACUUGCAGGGCGAGAACAUGGCGCUUGCUAAGGCUAACGCUCGUCUUCGUCUGAUCCUGCGUCAAGACCCCGAGCUGAGUCGUAAGCACCGUGAAGAAGUCCCACGCCUGACGAAGCUGGCGCUGUCAUCAAAGCAGCCGCAGCCUAAGGCGACGGCCAGCAAAACGAUCGCUGCUCCUUCUAAGGCCAUCGAACUCUCGGAGCCUGCUGUGGGUAUGCGUGUGUCACUGUCGACGCUGCAACCGCCUGCUCCUCCCAUGGAGAGCAGUCUGUCGAGUCAGCCGAUGACGACGCCCAUCAAGCGCGCCAACUCGCUGUCUGUUAAGAAGCAGGAGAGCUCCAAGUCUUCGCGUGUUGUGAACAUCCGUGAGAUCUCGAAUGCCGGUCCUGAAGAGGAACCGGCCGUCGUGCCCUCUCCUACAGCUGAAGUGACUGGCGAGCGUCUGUCGUUCGCAGAGGUGAUCAAAGGCCGCGAUCGUCGUUCUUCCUCCAUGUCCAGCACGGGAUCGUCUUCUGGAACGCCUGCUCCUAGCGCUCCUGCGAAGAAUACGGGAAUCCGUCAGCCUACAGGUGAGGACGGUCCACUCGAGUCUCCUGCGAAGGUUAUGGGCAUCGUCAUGGAAGGUGAGCCUGAAGACAACGGUGACCGCGUGAGCUUCAGCGUGACGCUUGGCGUGGACUUGCUGGAGGACGCAAAGCAGCAGCAACAGCGUCAGUCUCUCACUGGUGCUACUGCAGCUACCAAACAGACAAACACAAACGGCACGGGCAAGGCCAAGGGCCGCUCACGUCGCAGCUCAUACGACCGCACGGAGUCGUUCAACAACGGCGAGAACAGACGCAACUCUUCUCUGCGUCAAUCGUUCACAGGCAGCGUUGAAGGUGGUCGCACUCGUCGAAGCUCGUACGACCGCAGUGAGUCUUAUGGCGCCGAUGCUGUGAGGAAUUCGUCGCUUCGACAGUCGCUGACUGGCGGCAACCACCACAAUGGCGGCAAUCGCGGACGCUCACGUCGUGGAUCAUACGACCGUAGCAGCAGCUACAAAAGUCGCCAGACUAGCGAUACCAUGAGCAACGCGAGCAACAGCAGCGGUGGCGGCGGCAAGCGCAUUGAGCUCUAAGCCACAACACGACGGACAGGUCAGCCGAGCUGAGCUGACGUACAUAUUGAAAAACGACGGCGAAGAGCGAAGCAAGGUGUAUGGUGCGUGGUGUAUAUAUCGAUAGGCUAUAUAGGAAAAAAAUAGUUAGCAACAUGAACAAAGGGAAUGUCAUCAAACAUUAAAAUACAGUGCGCGUCGAAACUUUAUACGCACUCGAAAAUUGUCGAUUUCUUUGCUAGGACUGGGAACUUUGCAUCAAGCUUAAGGCUAAAAUACGUGAUUAACAAUGG